UUCAGAUUUUGACAUUUUACCCCUUCCUUCCUCAGCGCGAAAAUACCCCAAAAGACAGACUAUAUAUCAUCCUAAAAUUUUGAAAAUUCAAAGAAGCUAUCUUUUUCUGCGUGGCUGAAUUGAAAAAUGGAAGAAGAGGGGGGAGGGAAGGUGAGGGUUUUGAUAGAGAAGGCAACGACCUCGACCGAACCAGAGGUGGACCCGCGCCUCCUCAAGGCCAUCAAGUCGGUGGUACGCCGCUCCGAUUCGGAGCUCCGACUCGCCGCCCAUAUUCUCAUGGAUCUUAUGAAGCGCGAGCACUCUCAGGUCCGGUACCUCACACUUCUUAUAAUCGAUGAGCUUUUUAUGAGGUCAAAGCUUUUUAGAACCCUUGUUGUGGAGAGUUUGGAUCAGUUAUUGACUUUGAGUGUUGGAUUUAGACACAAUUCGCCACUCCCAGGUCCGACAAAUGUUGCGACUGCUCUGCGUUCGAAGGCAAUUGAGUUUUUGGAGAAGUGGAAUGCUUCAUUUGGGAUACAUUAUAGGCAGAUUAGAUUAGGAUUUGAUUACCUUAAAAACACGCUUAAGUAUCAAUUCCCAAAUCUACAGGCAAAUGCGGCUCGGCUUCAGCAGGAAAGAAGGGAAAGGGAGAAGAAGUCGAAAGAGAUCUUAUUGAACAAGUUUGAGACUUUGAAAAAGAAUUUUGCAUCAAUGAAGGAAGAAAUACAGUCAACAGCUGAUGAGAUUGGGGAGUGUUUAGAAAUUGUACGUGCUAAAGAGGAACUUUUGUGUCCUUUAGAUGAUGAAGAUAUGGAAGAGUUUCAUUCUUAUGAGUUCCGGCAGUUGCGCUUACAUUCGUUGGAAGAAGCAGAGAAAAUUCAUGAGAAUAGUGAAAACAAAGUAGUUUUUGAUGCACUGAGAGAGCUUUACAAGCUAUUGGUAAUGAAGCAUUUGGUUGCAGUGCAAGAAUGGAUCUCUGUUCUUGUAAGGGUUGAACUGACUGAUAACAGGGCCAGAGAUUCUUAUUUGAAGGAGUUCAUUGAUAUCCGGAAUCAUAUUCGAUCAGUGAAGAAGAAGUGUGAAGAAUCGGGUUGUGCUAUUCCAAACACUACAAAUCAUGAAGAAGAAGAUUUUUGGGAGGAAGGCAAGAUUGGAUCAAUUGAGAGUAAGAGUUCUAGUAUUCCCAAUAACAGAACUGAAGAUUCAGUGGCAUCAACUUCCAAGGAGGUACUAGACAGAGUUCCUGAAUGCCAUGCUAAUGAGAGAGAUGGCAAUAAAAGGCUCAGUCGUAAAGAUGGAGCAACCAAUUCAGACCCUUUGAGGAGUAAGCUUUUGGCUGAAGCUCCAGAGGUGAAUUGGGGCUCUUAUUUGGACAACUGGGGUUCAAAGAGGGAUGUAUUGGCUAACCAUCGGGGAUUGGAGCUUGAAAGUCAUUGGGGCAGGGUGGAUCAGGACGCAGUUAUUCCAGCAGAAAAGAUUGCGGAAUUAAAUCUUCAGACUACUCUAUACAAAGAACAGCAGGUUGAAAUUCAACCAUGCCGAGCUCCUCUAAGCAAAGGAGAACUUUGUCAGAGAAGAGAUUUGAGAACUUGCCCAUUUCAUGGACCUAUUAUACCCAGAGAUGAUGAGGGAAAGCCACUCAAUCAGAACCCUUCAAAAGAUGAGAAAACUCCUGAUUUAGGCACAGAUAUAGUGGAGCAGUUAGCGAAACAAGCCGUGAAGAAUGUUCGUGAAAAAGAUAAAGAGUUGGCAAGGAAGAGAGAAAUAGAUAAAAAGUCACUGAAGCGUGCAAAGCUUGCAAAAAUACGAGAACACAAUGAAGCAGUUUUACGUGAUGCUGCAAUGGCUUCAACUUCUAGAUCUGCGGAUAUUGGAGAAGAUUGGGUGGCAACUAAUGGUGAGAACCGAUCAUCCAGAAACAAAAAGAAAGCCCUUGCCUCAAUGCUGCAGAAGAAAGAGACACCAAAAGACAGAUUAGCUCAGAGGCUUUUAAAUACUCGUGCAAGUGCUGCCACUGUAAGACAGCUUACAUUGGGUGAGGAUGCAAAUUACAGAGAAGCCUUCCCGAAUCAGUGGUAACUGGACACUUUGUUUCUGUGCUUGUGGUCUAAUUGAGAGAAUUAAUAGCCUGAUCGAAAAAUGAGCAGUUGGUGGUGCAAUGCAAUGGGAUAGACCAGAUUCCACUUUCCUGUCUACUGAAGAGUGUUACUGAUUGAUUUGUCUGGUUUUUGCCGGUUUUGUAACAUAUGUUAAUUUUUCGUAUUUUAA